UAGUCUCCUUCCCCACUCCCCACUCCCCAGCAUCCUUCUGCUCUGCCGCCGCACCCAACUAAAGCGCAGUGCGUGGCCAGUAGUGGCUUCACGCUCACACGGCCUCGCCAAACCCGGACCCUAAUCCGGCGUGCUGGGCGCGAGCACGGAAGGAAUCCCCGUAGCGAGGAAGGAAUCACCGGCAGCGGGUGGAAAAGCUCUACCUCCACGGGGCACAGGCAGGGGCCUGCAGCCUGCUGGAGGCCGCGACCGGGCUGUUUCGGCUCAUGCCUGGAUCUGGGGGAGAGGGACGCGCGGCGCCGCGCCUCGCCGGAUCCCGUGCGUCGGCGACCGGAUGGUGACCAGCGGUUCCAGGGUUUACAAGUAAUGUUUGCGCAACAAUAAUGAAUUAGGUAUACACUACAAGAUGGCAACUGAGGUCAAUCAAAACUUUUUUGCAUGGUCACAGGAGGAAACUUCCAUGCAAGAUCUUUCACAGGGAACAUCGCAAAUGUUUGGUCAUGGUUCCAUAUCUUUUGGAAGAUUUGACUUGGAAUCAUUAGAAUGGGAGAAGUGGUCUGUAUUUACCAAUGACAGGCGUCAUGAAGAGUUUGGAAAGUUCAAUGGAUUAGUAGCGAAGAAGAAGGCAUACUUUGAAGAAUACUUUAAGAGGAUUAGGGAGCUUAAGGCUUUACAGCAACAGAACCAGCAAACUGAGCUUCAUCUAGAGUACUGUGGUGAUGGCAGCGAUUCUAGCCAAACAGGAGAAUAUGAACCAGCCACAGCCCAUGGAGCUCCUACUGAAUCUGAAACACUCGUUGAUGAUUCCACAAAGCAGACAGCAGCUGCAACCACAUUUGAACAUCGAAUGGAAUGCUACGGUUAUCAUGAGAAUCAGAGUUUAGUUAAUGAAAUUUCUGCAUCAACCCAUUCUUCACCAGUUGGUGAUUUGCAGCAAAUUGGCAAACAAAUGAGAGGAAGUGUUAGUGGCAAAAUGGAUAUAUUGAAGCAAGAUGCUGAUUCCAGCCAACAUGAACCUAUGGUCCAUGAGAUUAUGACCACUCCUAAUAAACGAACAAUUGAGAAAGACUCUCGGGUUGGUCAGGCGUCAAAAAUAACUCCGAAGACUGUCAAGAUGACUUCUAGCAAUGUUUCUAAUUGCACAAAUGUUUCCAAGGGACCCUGUUCCGGCGAGCCCAGUGUAAUAAACCAGAUGGCAAAACCAGAAAAUAUCCUGUCACUGCGAAGGCCAAGAGAACCAACCAGCGAUUCAGUUGGCACCGCCGCAAAAAGUGGUAUUACAGGUUCAAGAAGACCUUCCUCAGCAGCAUUACAACGGCCCUCUACCAGAGAACGGCGACCUGUCACAAAAGAUGCUUCAAGGAAGCAUGCUGAAGUUACCACCCCAUGCCGCCCAUCUACUUCUGAAAAACGCACGGCCAGUGAGUCAGCACUAAAGCAUGACAACAAUGCUGUCCCAUGUCGACCUUCUACCGCUCACAGACGCCCUAUCGCCAAAGAAUCAGCAACAAAGCAAUGCAACAUUGCUACUCCACGCCGACCUUCUACUGCCGACAGGCGUCCUGUCACCAAAGAUUCAACACCAAAGCUAUCCAACAUUGCUGCCCCACAUCGACCUUCUACUUCUCACAGGCGCCCUAUAUCCAAAGAGUCAGCUCCAAAACAUUUCAACAUUGCUAGCCCACAGAGGCCUUCUACUGGUCAAAGGCACACUAGUGCCAGAGAUAUGGCAUUGACGCAUGUCGGUAUUGCUACCUCACUGCCAUCUGUUGUCAAACAGCGCCCUAUCACUGGAGAGGGUGCACAUAAGCAUGCUGAUGUUGUCACCCUGAGCUGUUCUUCUACUGCUGAUAAGCGCCCCAUUGUUACAGACUUUGCACCAAAGCAUGCCACUUUAGCUCUGCCAAGGAGACCGACUACUGCCGAGAGGCGCCCCAUUGCUAGAGAUGUUGCACCAAAGAAUGAUCUGUCACACAGACCUUCUACUGCAGAGAGGCGCCCCAUUGCUAGAAAUGUUGAACGGAAGCAUGCACCAGCACAGAGGCCUUCUACUGCUGAGAGACGUCCUGUUACCAGAGAGAGUGUACUGAAGCAAGCUAAUGUUGCCAAGUCACGUUUGCCUUUGACGCCAGAUAGAUGCCUCACAAAAAAAGGUGUCAUUUCCACCCCAGAGCGCCCUUCUACAGGAGGAAGGUGCCCUAUCACCAAUGGUACUACAGUCUGGUCAAGAGCAAUGCCAAACUAUUCGAAGGGUGCUAUGGUCACAGAAGUUACUCCCCAAAAGGCAAUAACUCCCAGGGUUGUUAGAAGUAGCAAGCUAGAAAACCUAAGCUAUGCGAAUGAAAUGGUGGAACCUCAAGUGGAUAGAAAACCAAAGUCAAGUCCUUUUAACCUGCCUUCAAGGAAAACGCUGACUUCCAACGUUAGAGAUGACCAAGGUCUUGAAAAAUUCAAAAAGCCAAACAAGGAGGUGAGAAGCUUCUUUUCCUUUCGUGCUGCUGGUGCACUGCAUGAGGGAGUUCGGGGUCAUGCAUACAAAUCAAAUAAUGUAACUCCUUCACAGACCGGAAAUGUAAAGACAAAGGCUCCUGUGCCUCCACCUCCGCCUCUGACACCGGGCCGACCUUAUUGCACUGAGAAGAAACCGAAUGUCAAUAAUUCACCUGUUGGUGGAAGAAAGCCAAAGGUCUCAGCUCCACGCUGGCACUAACCCAGUAUCUAGGAUCCUGCAGCAUAACUCUGAAGCCGUGAAGGUAAAGCUAAGCGUCUGACGUGACCUAGAAGCCGCAACCAUCAAGCAACGAUUGAUGUUAUCUGUUGUAGUUUACCAGCAGUCUUGUGACUUGUCACCUGUGUUAGAGUAUCCGUAGCAGUGUAUGUAGCAACGUGUAUCAUAUAUAUCCACUAAUGUCUAAUGGCACCGUAGCUGUACUGUCCUGGAUUUAACUAGAACAUUGUAUAUACCUAGAAUAAUUGGAGCUUUAGCUGGAGAAUAUCGACCCAGGAAUUAUCCCCUGGAUUUGCAGGUCACAUGCUGCACUUGAACCGUUGAAAGAUGUUCAUCUGUAGUUCUGUACUAGCUAGCAAUGCCUGUGUUUGUCCUGUACGUUUCUUGUGGAACUGAUUGCCGGCCCUGUAAGGUUGGGAUUUUGCUGA